AUGGGAAUUGAAGUUACAUUCACCACCGGCAACUUGAGCGAUACGACACACAAACCUUCAUUACCAGAUGUUGAUGAGUGUCUCCAGGGCGACCUGGGGCCUUGCGGUUACCAUGCCAACUGCACAAACACACCUGGAUCCUACCUGUGCAGCUGUUUCCGUGGUUACCUGAUGAGUGCGGAAGGAUGUAAAGAUGUAGAUGAGUGUGUGUUAGCUGCAGUAACAGGUCUGCAGGCGUGUGGAAGUGGAGCCGUGUGUACAAACACACCGGGAUCUUUCACCUGCUCGUGUCCGGCGGGAUUCGUGCUGGCGCUCGACGGACACAACUGUGUCGAUGUUGACGAAUGUAAUUUCGAGGAGAGCUGCCGCAGGGAGCUGGGUAACGUGUGUGUGAAUACAGACGGCAGCUACACGUGUGUGUGUCAGGCUGGAUUCAGAGAGCACAGAGCCGCGUGUGUGGAUGUGGACGAGUGUGUGGAGGAGCAGCAUGUGUGUGUCGGCCGAGGCGAGUGUGAGAACACACUGGGCAGUUACAGCUGUGUGUGUCAGCGCGGUUACCGUGGCAACGGCACACACUGCACAGAUGUGGACGAGUGUGUGAGCAGUAAUGACACGUGUGAACAGACCUGCACAAACACAGCGGGUUCCUUUCUCUGCUCGUGUCGACGCGGGUAUCAGCUGCACAUCGAUGGACGCAGCUGUGUGGACAUAGACGAGUGUAAACUACAGAACGGAGGCUGUUCUCAUGAGUGCACAAACACACCAGGAGGUCAAGAAUGUCACUGUCCCUUCCCUCUGCUGCUGGACCACCGCAACACCACCUGCGUCAAUGUGACCUCAUGUGCCUUGAGGAACGGUGGAUGUGAUCAUACUUGCUCGUUGGGUGCUGAGGGUCGCAUCCAUUGCAGCUGCAGAGCAGGAUGGGAGCUCAGCGCAGACCAAAGAACCUGCAUCGAUGUGGACGAAUGUGUGAGUUUUAACGGCGGCUGUGAGCAGGUGUGUGUGAAUCACGCUGGCGGUUUUAAUUGCAGCUGUCGCUCGGGCUUCGAGUUGCGUAAAGACGACCCGACUAAAUGCCAUCCUCUGUGUGAACCUGCCUGUCUAAACUCUGGAGUGUGUGUCGCUCCGAACACCUGCGACUGUCCGGCGGGAUAUCCGGGACCAGGAUGCUCGGCCAUGUGUUCUCCACCCUGCGCUUAUGGAGGGUCCUGUAUGAGGUGGAACGUCUGUCUGUGUCGUCCCGGCUGGACGGGUGACGGCUGCCACACAGCCGUGUGUGAGCUGCCGUGUGCGAACGGUGGACGAUGUGUCGCUCCAAACACCUGCCAAUGUCCCUCUGACUACAGCGGGCCACAGUGUUUGUGUUUGUGUGUGUGUGUGUGUGUGUGUGUGUUUACAGCGCUGUGUUCUCCUCCGUGUGUGAAUGGAGGGAAGUGUGUGGACAUCAACACCUGCAGCUGCUCAGACGGAUGGACAGGAGCGCGCUGUCAGAGAGAACCCGUCAGGUGUGUGUCGGCGUGUAGAAACGGUGGUGUGUGUGUGGGACUCAACAGAUGCCAGUGUGUGGAUGGAUUUACUGGAAGCCUCUGUGAGACAGCCGUCACUACGCCGUGUGUUCCUCCCUGUCAGCAUGGUGGCGUCUGCGGGCCUCUGAACACCUGUGUGUGUGUGACGGGGACGAGCGGCAUACGCUGUGAGAAACUCGUGUGUCCCGUCGUGACUACGGUGGUCAGUAUGGCCCGCGCCGUGCGGAAAGGCUUUCGGGAGAGUUACGUGGACCGCUGCGGACCGCUGGGAGUCCAGCUCUGUACUAAAUACAGGAUAAAUCAGGCGCGUGUGUAUCUGCAGGCGUAUAGAGUGGGCUACAAAAUCCAGUGUCCCGAGAAAACAGCAAGAUGAACAACAUCAAGUCUAUUGUAAUGCUCCCAAACACUGAACAGACACACUCACUCAGUGCAUAUUAUAUGAUUGUGUAUACUGACUUUUGCACAUUGCAUGUGUAUUGUUACAGACUAAUAAAGGUAUUUUU